UAAGUCUUCCCCUGUGACCCUCAGCCUCAUCAACAAUAACCUCACAAGAUUCCCGUGUCGCAACUUAUUGCUGUCUGGGCUUUGCUACUUUAGUCCCCAUAGUCUUCGGUGUCACUAAAGUAGCAAGUGAGAAGCUCAACCAAGCCGAGCAGCAUCCUCGAGCGGCAGGGUCGGCGUUCCUUGCAGGUUGAGCAACUCAGCCUUAGGACCUGUCUUUCUCAAGAUCUCUUAGCUAAAUUGGCAUUCGUCGCCUCUCCGGGCUUACCACGACGGCGCCAAGUUAAGCAAAAGCCGAGGGACACUGAGCCCUUGUAAUCCUGUUUUCAGUCCCGAAACCCAACAUGGAUUUGCCUGGAUACUACAAUGGCGCAAGAGGGGACAUGACAUACGUCGAUUCUGCCGAAAAGCAGGAUAAGCAGGGCUUCCUGAAGGGGCUCUUGGGUAGCAAGGACGAAGCCAAGAAGCUUUCACCCAAGCCUUCUGCGCCGGCAUCGGCGUCUGUGCCAAAGAAGUUUAUGGACAUGAUCAGCCCUCUGCUGCUGGGCUCCUCCACCAGCAGCAGCGCAGCCAACAGCCCCGCGGCGCACCACCACGCGCAACAGCCCAAGUCACCCGCCGCCCCGCCGGCCGUGUCAGCCUUCUCUAAGGCCGCCGCCGCCCUCAAUAAUGCAGCGGCGGUGCAGGUCUGCGCCACGGACGGCUGCGCGGCUGUGGAUGCUCAGAACAUGUCACGCGCUAUGAGCUACAACAGCGGCCUCACAGAGUACGUGAACAAGAUGAAGAUCUCGGAGGCGGGAUCUCCAGCAGCGCCGGAGCCUGCGCCUCAGCAGCAGCAGCAGUCAGCGCCUCUCUCAGCGGGCCACCAGGCCGGUGCCCCACUCAACUCCCAUGCCUAUGCCUCCAACCUGGAUCGCUUGCUGGAGGCGGCCCGCUUCUGCCAGCUGCCGCAGUCAGGGCGACCGCUACAGCCCAUGCCCGCGGACCCGCUCGCCAACCCUCACCACGGACCCACCAUUCCGCUGGUGGUUUCGCCCAACUUGCCGCCCCGCAUGCAGCGGUCGCAGUGGCGCCUUUCAGACUAUGCGUUGGGCGAUAAGCUGUACACAGGCUACGCCAGCACGGUUUAUAAGGCGGUUUGCCGUGCGUCGGGCGAAGUGGUGGUGCUCAAGAUUUACCACCUCAUGUCGGUGUGCGACCUGUACAAGUACCAAAUUUACAGGGAGGUUCGGGUGCACUCGAGCCUGUGUCACGAGAAUAUCGUGCACCUGUACGCUGCGUUCCAGGAGGGUGAUAAGGUCAUUCUGGUCCAAGAGUAUGCAGACGGCUCGGACCUGUUCACGCUGCUACACAAGUACGGCGGCCGCUUGACGGAGCGCCUGGCCGUACAGUUGGUUUUGGAGCCCUUCCUUCGUGUGCUGCAGUACCUGCACAGCCGCGCCAUCAUCCACCGCGAUAUUAAGCCCGAAAACAUCUUGUUCAACAAGGCCAUGUGCCUUAAGCUCGGAGACUUUGGCCUGGCCAUUGACCUGCGGGAAGAGCGCGCCGUCACCCGCGCCGGGACCUUGGAUUACAUGGCUCCUGAAGUCCUCCGUUGCCCCUUCAAGUCGCGCCCUGAAGAAAACAAGGAGAACGACCGUCUGCACUACUCAGCCCGCGUCGACGCCUGGGCUGUGGGUGUCCUGACCUACGAGCUGCUCGUUGGCUUCCCUCCCUUCUUUGACCAGUCGCGCACCUCGACUGAGGACCGCAUCGUACACUCGAUGCCUGCCUUCCCAGCUGGCAUGUCUGAUGAGGCCCGCGCCUUCAUAUCGUCGGCCUUGUCCAAGCACGCCAACGAGCGCCCCACCAUACUCGAGAUGCUUCAUCAUCCAUGGAUUGCGCGCUUCUCAGCUAGGCGCAGCAUGCGCAGCAUGGCCAGCGCAACACUCCAGCAACCGCCGGCAUUGCAGAGUCCUGGCAGCGGCCCUGUCACGCCGCUGCGGCCACCCGCGCCGGCGCCAUCGGCGGCCUCGUCGGGCUACCCCACCCUAGGGUCGCUCGUCGGCAGCGGUAUGGCCACCGUGGACGUAGCCAAGAUGCACCAUCACACGCACCACGCACCGCCCUCUCCACAGUCGCCUCUCGUCAUGAAAUCGAGCAGUGAAAGCACGGAGCUCAACUCGCGCUUCUCGCACGGCAGCUCGAAUGCGUCUAUGCAAAUGGAGGGCCGAGACCUGAUGCGCCAGGGCUUGGAUCGUACACGAGUAGAGGUGUUUUGCGAGGAGGUGCCCCAGUCCUGGAUGGCCCGGUAUCAGGGCCAUGUGGACGGGGUAGAGAUUGGGCGGAGGCUCUUUGCGCUCCGCAGCUGUGCUUUGGCCCAAACUCCAGCCCAGGCGCCGCCUUCUGUUGCUGUCUUGCCGACAAUGGCUUCGACUCAGCGGCUGGCUCUGAGCAAGGCCACAUCGUUUCCGUCGCUGUCGCCACGCGCCCUACCGUUUUUGCGCGUUGGCGGCGGUGGGGGAUUCGGCGGGGUCCAAGGGAUUAACGGUGUUGGCUGUUCGGGUCCGCAGCAACAGCAACAGCAGCAACAGCAACAGCAGGGGGGCUUUGCUGGCCCGCCGGGGCUGUUGUCCCCCAAUGGAAUGACGGCGGAGCGGCUGAUGGUGGGCUUGCUGUCGCAGUGGAUGACGUGGCAUGGCUUACGUAAUGGCAGGGGUGACGUACAGUAGCCUGGGCCGAGGUUAGGUUGGCUCGCGUUACAGAAGAGCAUUGUGAAUGGAUGAUAUGGAUAAGGAUGGUGAGGGCUUUUCCAGGGCCAGUUUUUCUUAGUGGUGCUCGAAGGAAGCAAGCAAGCAGAGAGGCGGAUCAUGGGAAACAAGGAUUCCCGUUUGCGACAAGUUCAGUGACCAAAGUUGACGUGGCUCUCGACCAGUCGACCAAGACAUGUAUGCUUUUCCAGAAGCAAGUUAAGUUCCCAGACAAGUUAUAAUAAGGACGUUGAAAUCCGCAUUCGUAAAGGGGUGCAUGCAUGAAGGCGACUCUCUGCGCUCCCAAUGGUUUGGGGCUCGGACGCGUUGGUUCGGUUCGGAGGUGGAAGGGGGCUCUUUUGCGUGCCGUUGCUGCUCCCUCCCGCCGUGUCGACUGUUGCCAAGGUGGGACUGCGCACGAAGCCGUCGGUAAAUCUAAGAAUGUUGGACUAUUGUUUGGCGACCCAUAUUUAGAUGACCCCCUGACUGAUUGAUUGUUUGAGCGAGCAGGCCGCCUGGAGCUGAUUCGCCCAGCGUGCGCUCUGUUGACGGAUCUCGCAGAAGCUGACCUCGAGAGCGGGCUAGGUUAAGGGAGCGAAGGUAGUGGAGGAGUACCCAGGAAUGGGGAAAGGGGUAUUAAUAGCCUACUGGUGCGCUGCACAUGGGAAGCUCGUGCGCCUGCUGACCCGUUGUGGGCCGCACCCCUAGCACAGCAUUUCGUAGCGCAUAGAACUGUGUUUUAUGCAGGACCUUCUCUUGGUUGCUGUUAUGAGGAACUCUUUUGUCACCCAAUUAAACUUCGUUUACUUCAGCAGAUCGGCCAAAUCAGCCCUGCUGCGUGUAGCCAACCCAGUCAGUCUUUUAGUUAUAAUAUAAUAGCCGUUGCUAGUAAAUCUCUCUCUUUUCUUUUCACUGUAUGCCUUCUUCCUCUUCAUGGUGGUGUGCUCUUUGCUUUUUGUUGUACCGACUACAUGGAACUAUUGAAGAAUUAAUAAGGGAUGUCUCUUCCGUUGUAAUCUUUUUGCUUCCUA